AUGUUAGAACAAAAGCAGGUUGGCUACCUACUUAUNAGUGAAAUGACUGAGGUUAAGCCCGUAAAAGGUCUAAGUUGGGGCGUAGGAGCACUAGGUAAUGCUGAGUGGUCAGGUGUGUUACUGAGAGAUGUCUUAAUAUCAAUGGGGAUCGACGAAAAUUCCAAUUUUCAACAUGUACAAUUCGAAGGUUUAGAUACAGACCCGACCAAAAAGCCUUACGGUGCUUCAAUUCCCUUCUGGAAAGCUAUAGAUCGAAAGGGUGACGUUCUAUUGGCAUACGAAAUGAAUAACGAAGUUAUCCCCAGGGACCACGGUUUCCCAGUUAGGGUAAUAGUACCGGGAGUGGUAGGGGCUCGGAAUGUUAAGUGGCUAAAAAGAAUUAUAGUCUCAAACAAUGAGAGCGACAGUCACUGGCAGCAGAACGACUACAAGGGGUUUUCCCCCGGCAUUGAUUGGGAUAACGUCGAUUUUUCAAAAUCACCUGCAAUCCAAGAACUACCGGUUACAUCAGCUAUUUGUGUACCUUCCCCAAAUCAAACCGUUACAGUUCGAGACGGUCAUAUAACAGCUUAUGGUUACGCUUGGUCGGGAGGUGGUAAAAAAAUUAUACGUGUCGACGUGACAAUUGAUAAGGGAGAUACCUGGCAUGUCGCAGAUAUUAUUCAACAGGAUUCUGCAGAACCCCCACAGCAUUGGGGAUGGUCUCUAUGGACUGUUCAGGUACCUGUUUCAAAAAAUGCUAAAGAAGUGGAAAUUUGGGUAAAAGCUGUGGACUCUUCAUACAAUACUCAGCCCGAAUCUUUUAAAAAUAUAUGGAACUUAAGAGGGGUGUUAAGCAACGCGUACCAUAAGGUACCGAUUAAAUUACAAUGGGAUUAAAACUAAACACUAUUUCUUGAUGACCAAAUAAAAGUUUUAUAUUUAC